AGACCCUGAACCCCAACAUUCUAGGACUGUGAUCUCACCCGCGAUGAAGACCCUCACUUUCCGAACCAUCUGCCGCUGCACGGCAGUUUCUUCUAAUACUCAGUCUCCGUAUUUCCUAUCUUAUCACGGUUUGUUCUUCUAUUCAAGCAGCUUUGGAGAAUCUCAGAACAGGAGCGCUGGAAUGUCUCAACAUUCUAAUUGGAGAUCCUCGUCUUCUUCUUCUUCUUCAAGGAGACACCUGGACGAAGAGAGCCGGAACGUGAAGGUGUCGGUUUGGUGGGACUUCCUGAAUUGUUCCGUACCUUCUGGGACCAACGUCUUCAGAGUGACCCAGAGACUUACUUCUGCACUUAGAGCCAAUGGAAUAAUGGGACCCGUUACAUUCACGGCCUUCGGAGAUGUGAUGCAGCUCUCAAGAUCGAAUCAAGAGGCUCUCUCUUCCACUGGGGUCUGCCUUAACCACGUUCCUCAGGGUGGGAAGAACAGGGCUGAUAGGAUGCUGAUUGACCUUGUGUAUUGGGUGUCUCAAAAUCCUCCACCUGCACACCUCUUUUUAAUUUCGGGGGACCGGGAUUUUGCACAAGUUUUGCACCGGCUAAGAAUGAAUUACUACAAUAUAUUGCUUGCAAGUACAGACUCUGCACCAGGAGUUCUUUGUAAUGCUGCCAGUAUUGUGUGGCAAUGGAAUGCUCUUGUUAGAGGAGAGGGCCUUACUGGUAAGCAUUUUAACCAACCUCCAGAUUGUCCCUAUGGUUCUUGGUAUGGCUACUAUAACGGGCCACUGGAGGACCCCUUCUCAGAUUUAGAACAACCUGCAUGUUCAUUGCCUGAAGAGUUACCAGAAGCUGGAACAGAUUCCACGAUUCACCCAGUUCCCAAGGCUUUUCUGAGUCGAAUUCGUCAAAUUUUGAAUUCAUACCCAAAAGGAAUUCCUAUUACAACUCUUCGUGCAGAGCUAGUAAAGAGUAACGUGACCAUGGAUAAAGAUUUCUUUGGGCACAAAAAGUUCUCUCGCUUGCUUUUAUCUUUGUCUACUGUUUUGAAGGUUCGGCGUGCAAGCGAUGGCCAGUCACUAGUUCAUGGUAUCCACCCAAACAGUGCUGAGCCAGUUGAGUCCAAAUCAAAAAUAUCUAUAGGGCCGGAAAUUAAUGAUGGAGAUGGGGACCAAGCUGCAAUUGCGGAACGAAAUGGAGGGGAUAGUGCUAAGACUCCAGAUGUGAAUGGGAAAGCAUCGUCUAUACCUCCAGCACCGCCACUAAAAUUUGAAGAGCCUUGUCCAGUUUGUCAGAAGGAGAAUAAUGAGCCCAUGAACUUUAAUCAUCCUACUAGUGUGGAGAAACAGGAUGUAACAUCUGAACUAGGAAUUUUCCGCAGAAUCUAUAGGACAUGGUUUGGUAAUAAAAAAGAGGGUUGUAAUGAGAAAGGAGAUAGCAUUUCAGAGAAAUGUUCGACCUCUGAUGGCUCUAAGAAGACAAAAUCUGAGGAAAAAUCUUUGGAAUCACUUACAUGUCCCACUUCAGCCAGUUCUAGUUCACCAUCAUUAUCAAUUGCUACUCAAUCAGCUCAGGAUGAGAAUGUCACCAAGGAUUCUGGAGAGAAUGGUGAGAAAUCUGGCCCAAGUGCAGGGCUAUUCAACAAAAUUGUGAAUUGGUGCAGAUUUUGGAGAACUAGUGGAAAUCCUGACAAUAAUGAUAAUGGGAAAUGUGGCAAAGAACUGACGGAAAGGAAAGAAUUAUUCUUGCAGGACUUUUUCUGGGCUGAGCUGGAUUUAUUUAUACAUACUCCUAAAGGUUCAUCCCUCGUUUUUCUAUCGAAGACCAGAGAACGGAUGGCAAAAAAGUUGCAUAAGGAAGGGCCGGUGAUUCUUAAUAAUCUGAGUGAAAAUGAUCUCCUUCAGUUGGUGGACUUGUUAAUUUCUCAGAAGAAAUGGGUGGAGGAAUACCCCUCACAAACUUAUCCAUUUAAAGUCAUUAGUCGUGCUAGAACAGGUUCAAAUGGGUUGAGUUCUUUUUCGGAUAAGCUGCCUCUGUCUCAAUCAAAAUCGCAAGGCCUUCCAGAACAUGGGAUGAAAAAAAAAGACCAGAAUCAGUUUCAACCUGCAGCAUGUUCAACUGAAAGCAACAAGAAGCCGUCUGGUACUGGGAAGGCCAGACAUGAGAUACUAGCUGAUUGCCAGAAGCUUGUGGCUGAGAUUUUGGAGGAAUACCCAGAGGGAUUCAAUAUGGGAUCCUUCAAAAAGUUGUUUGCAGAGAGAUAUGGUUAUGUUCUUGAUUAUCAAAUGCUUGGUUACUCAAAACUGGCUGCCUUUUUACAGGUGAUGCCAGAAGUGAAGAUAGAGUCAACUUAUAUCCUACCUGCCAAAAAAGCCUCAAAAUAUCGAGGCCCAGAGACCACCAUGUUUCCUUUCAGCAUGGAGAAUGAUCGAAUUGAAAAGUUUAGUAACUCAGAUGGUGAAUUAUCUGAUCCAGCAAGGAAGGACAAUGAUCGUGACUCUGUGUGGGAGGAACUUGGCCCAAUAUCUAAGAGAGCUCUUAUAGAAAUGACAAUGCAUCAAGGCUCAAUGGGGAAUCGAAUAAAGAAAUGAAGGAACUACAGGAUCUUGAUGAUGAUUAUUUAUCAGAUGAUGUGCUUUCAGACUGGGAAGGUCAGAAUGUCACAUUGGAUCAGUCAGAGGGGCUAGGGAAGUCCAGGAAAUGCGAGGAAGACAGUUCUCUACUACAGAUUCUUGAUUCGUGGUACAACAGUAAGGAUGAUAGUGGUCAUAAUGAUCGGUCACAGAAGGUUGAAGAGCUUGUCAAUUGUUCCAGAAUUGGUUCAAAGCCUUCAAGUUCAUCUGGGGUUGAGAUGAAGAACAAUGCUCCUGUGGCACAUAGUGGGCACAAAAUAAAGUCUAUGAAGAAAUAUUCUUUUGUUUCAGAGCCAGUUGGUGAUGCAAGGGGAAACUAACUGAUGACAUAUUGGUGGCUUGAAGAAGUCCAGCUGAGAUCAGAAUUCAGGGUUGAGGAUCUAAAGAUCUGGAAGGAAAAUUAAUAGCUAAUUAUUGUUGACUCAGAAUUCAAAAUUAAAGCAGUCUGAUCAGAGGAGACCGAAGGGAGUCUUCAAUCAUCUUGCAAAACUUGGGAAUUCAACAGUCUUAAUGCAACUGAAUGGGGUCUGGUGACGUAAAUUGUUCAAUAUUGGAUUAAUUUUCCCCAAGAGACAGGUCCACAAGUAGAUCUUAGGUGGAAUUUACAAAUUCAAAGUUUUGAUGAUUUUCAGUUGUACAGAAAUUACAUUUGUUUUUGCCUUCUUUCCCCUCGCAAGUUGCAACUGGAAACUUUGAA